AUGUUUCUCAAAACAAUUUCUCGUCUUUCUUCAUCAGCAGCUUUUAGAAAUUUACAAGCUUCCUCCGUGAAAUGUUAUCAUACUAGCAUGACUCAACGAGGAGGAGGACACCAUCAGCAACAACAUCAUGAUGAACAUCAUCAUGAAGGAGAGCAUGAUACUCAUCAUGAUGAUCAUCACGAAGAACCAUACACGGACAAUGAUGGUCGAUUGUUCGGUAUUCCUGCAGGUGAACAAUACAAGGCAAAAGGAUGGGAAUAUAGAGUAUUUCCUUUGAUGUACGGAGGUGUUAUUAUGUUGGUCAUUGGACUCGCUUUCAAACCAGAUUAUAGCUUCCAAGCAUGGGCCAAAGAAGAAGUUUUGAGAAGAAGAGCUGCCCGAGAACAAAAGCAAUAA